AUGCCUUUGAAACAGCCGGCAAGUAUUCAGAUUGCUGACAAAAUCAUUUCCACAACGACCCACCCUUUCCGAAGCAAAUGCGGCGAAUUGUUGCCAUUUCUUCGUACCGAAUUCCCUCGACAACUACAUGACUUCGAGAAACGUUUUUACAAAAAGGAGUACCGUGUGGAUCUACAGCUGUUGCAAAAACGUCGAUCACUGAUGUCACAAGUUUGUGCCGCAUUGACGCACCAAGAAUUGAAGGCCGUACCAUGUGGAAGCAUUGCGUCUGGUUUGAUGACAUCGAAUUCGGAUCUAGACGCUGUCGUAAUUCCUUUUGACGAGAAACGCUUUUUUGAUCGCUAUGAGAAGGAUUUAAAUUUCAAGAGAAAACAGCUUGCCCGGUGUCAUCGAAAAUUGCUUAAUUCCAACCUUGUCCGUGGAUCUUUUACAGAAUUCAUACCUUGGGCUCGGGUGCCCAUUGUCCGAAUGGUGCUAAAAACGGGUGAUCACUUGGAUGUGCAAUUUCAUGAUGCCAGAAUUCUUAAAUCAACGAACUUUAUUCGAGUAGCAAAUAAUUUAGACCAUCGUUUAUUCAUGCUUCGAAUCCAUCUCUUCAAAACGCUGACUGAGAACGGAUUGCUAGCAUCUCAAGAAGGAAGAUUCUCGAGUUUUCACGUCACUUCUUUGUUAAUUCACUUUUUACAAGUGCCAUUUUUCGAUUGUGCUGUCUAUCCACCAUUACUAUCGACAUUCCCGGAUCUUCAACCGGGCAUCAACUGGAAAACGAUAGCUUAUGAUGUCGCAACUAAUCGCUUGUAUCAAGGAGCUGAAAGUUUUGAGAAAUCAAUGGAUUCGCUUGGCGCUCUUUACGUGAGACUAAUCGACUACUUCAGUGGGAUCAACUUUCACGAGGAUGCACUCGAUAUCAGCAAUGGAAGUGUAGUUAAAAAAGAUACAAUCUCCGAUCAAGUUGAGCUGCGGGACGCCUAUUUUCCGGAAACUUCGACGUGUCGAGUUCAAUCUGGAGCAUCUCUGCUUUCAAAUUUCUUUGCAACACAACGAGAACGGAUUGAGGCUGGGAAACUAACG